UGUCAAAAUUUCGACAGAAAUGUCAAAAAUUCAAAAAGAACCUAAACAAAACGAAAUAAAAUGUGAUUAAUAUGAGUUCAACUUCAAAAAGAAUAAGUUGUAUAGAGUUAAGUAAAGAUUUGGAAACGGAAGGAUUUGAUCAUCAAGCAGGUCAAACAUGGAUUUAUCCAACCAACUAUCCAAUGAGGGAUUACCAGUACAAUAUUAUACAACAGGCGUUACUUAAAAAUACGCUGGUUAGUUUACCCACUGGUUUGGGCAAAACUUUUAUAGCAGCUGUAGUUAUGUAUAACUUUUACCGAUGGUAUCCUCACGGAAAAAUUAUUUUUAUGGCCCCCACAAGGCCUCUAGUCAAGCAACAAGUCGAUGCUUGCUAUGAUAUUAUGGGAAUCCCCAAAGAAGUUACUGCUGAAAUAACAGGUAACAAGGUAUCCAGCUCAUCAAGAGGCAACAUUUGGACAGAAAAAAGAGUAUUUUUUAUAACCCCCCAUGUGUUACAAAAUGAUUUGGAUAGUCUUGAUGACUUGGCAAAUCAAAUCAAAUGUAUUGUUUUUGAUGAGGCCCACAAAGCAAGGGGUAACUACGCUUACUGUGAGGUUAUAAGAAAGUUGGAGAAUAAAAAUAAAUAUUUUCGUGUUUUGGCGCUGAGUGCCACACCUGGCAGCAAUAUAAAUGACAUUGUUGAGGUGGCAAACAGUCUACUGAUAUCGAGGUUAGAAUUUCGUACCGAAGAAAGUCCGGACGUUGUGCCAUAUGUUUUCAAUAGGAAUAUUGAGACUGUUGUAGUGCCAUUAAACUCUAAAUUACUGGAAGUCAAGGAAAAGUAUCUUCAGAUUUUAGAGUAUUAUACUAAAGUUCUUAUUAAGUACAGAAUUAUAAAUGGAAAUUAUGGGAAUUUGUCAAAGGGUAGAAUUUUUUUGAUCAUGAAAGAUUUUCAACAAAAACAAAGAGGAACUGGAAAUUCCAACUAUGGGGAAAUAAUGAAAAGUCUUAAUAUAUGUGUCACCCUGUAUCAUGCUUUUGAGUUAUUAAUUAGGCAUGGACUAAGAAGUUUUUUAUCAUUUUAUGAAGAACACAUUGAUAAACCCCUACUAAGAGGUAAUGCUGGAAUUAUUGAAUUAAUGAAUGAUAUUAGACAAUAUUUAGGACCUGCUCCAAAUAUGGAGCAGCUCCCUGAUGGCUCCUACUCAGAGUUAUCACCACUUACCAAAUUCGGUCAUCCCAAAUAUUACAAACUUAAGGACAUUUUAAUGGAACAUUUUGGUAAGGCCAACAAUUCGAGGGUGAUUGUAUUUUUUGAAUACAGAGAAUCGGUUAUGGAGGCCUAUGCCAUGCUUUUGCAGGCCAAACCAUUGGUGCAACCCAGGAUUUUUCUGGGACAAGGCUAUGGAGUAACCCAAAGAGUUCAGAUCAAUGUAAUCAAAGCAUUUCGCGAAGGUAGCUGCAACACUCUCCUUUCCACAUGCAUAGGCGAAGAAGGUUUAGAUGUAGGCGAAGUUGAUCUCAUCCUAUGCUUCGACAUAUCGAACGCAUCUCCAAUCAGAAUGAUUCAGAGAAUGGGCAGGACGGGGCGAAAACAGGAGGGAAACAUAUUUUUUCUCGUCACAGAGGGUAAAGAGCAAGACACCCUUAAACAAUGUCUAAUCCAAAAGCAGAACUUGCAAAAUUACGUCUUGGCUUCCAAAGAGUUGAGCAACUCUUUGAAGAAGGAUAGUCCGAGGUUGGUACCUGAAGGAGUCGUUCCUAGAUGCGAAAAGAUGUAUAUCACAGUUAAAAAACCAGUGUUGUCCAAGAACAGUUCCAUAAAGGAUAUGUUUAGGAGUAUCUCUUCUGGUUCUUCAACGCCAGUGUUUUCGCAAAAUUUGGAAAUGAAGGAUUUUGAGGAAAAAAUACCCAAGAGCUUUACUUUGUGGAAUAAAGAAAAUCCCAUGUCGGUUGAAGUGAAACCAAAAAGUAUUUAUUCCAAACACAUUGAAAAACAAAGAACAUUACAACCAAUUCAUAAAAUAUCUCAUUCAAAAUCAAGCAAGUUUUUGGUUGAUUUAUUUCAAUUUGCUGAUUCAAAGAGAUACAACAUUUCAACAACGCAAAUGCCAGGGAUGUCUUCCACGCAAACAGAAUUAAAAAAUAUGAAACAGGGCGACAUAAGAAGCAUGUUUUUCAAACCGACAGUCAGAACUACCCAAGAAGAUCCAAUACUUGGUCAAAUAUCCGCCCCAUCCCAAUCUACGCUCCUGGAAAACGCGAUCGUAGACAUAAUAUCCAACGAGGUUUUUGAUGAGAUAUCAAGUUAUUUGUUGAUUGAAAAUUCCGCGCAAAAAACUUGCAAACAUUGCCCGGGGAAUUUUGAUUGCACCAAAUUUGCGACGCCUGCGGAAGAAAUAAAUUUAAGCAGUUGGAUGCAACCGUGUUCGUCAAUUUUCGAUAAAAUUACGGUGGACCAUUUGGAUCGGUUUUUGGAUUCUUUAUCCCCAAAAUCCGUGAUAGAUUUAGACGAAUUUGGAGAUCAAGAUGUGGGGGAAUCAUUUUUCGAUGUGGACACCUCCAUUGUGGAAACAAAAAGUACCAAAGCAGAAAGUUCGUUUGUGUUCGCUGCGCCAAAAACAUUGCGUAAUAUUUUGAAUAGGUUUAGUAAGUCUAUUAUAAGCCAAAGUUAUUUAAACGAACAAAGGGGUGAAGAUGUUUCUUCCAAUGAUUUGAAGGAAAAAAUAAACGUAUCAACGGAGUUUCUGGAAGAUUUUAACGAGGCAUCAUUCAACAGUGAUUUUAAUUUAAGCCACUCAAAUAAAAAAAAUAAUGCAACACAAAGUAGUGAAGUAUCUUUAAAACUUAACAGUUCCAUACAAAAACAUAAUUUCGUGGAUGAUUUUGAUGACACAUCAUUUAAUUGCAACAAACAGAAUAUGGUUGAUGAUUUCAAGCAAACAAAUGAAGAAACAAAAAUCGACCAUCAAGAAAUUUUAUCGUUCUUCAAGCUUACAAAACUUGAAGAUUUAUAUGAAAUAGAAAAUGAUGAUAAUGAUAAUGACACGCAAGAUACCAUUAUAUACUCACCAUCGUCCCCAUUAAACAUCAUACCAAAAACACCAGAAGAGAACUUUAUUGACUGUCUUUCACCGGUGAUAAGCUACUCUCAAAGAACAAACAGAAGCAACAACAACCUAACUCAAAUUUCGUCGUCGCCUGUUUUAUCCUUCAAAAACAAAAGCAGGGUGCUGUCCAUGAAGAAGAGGAAAAUAAAUUUCUCUGCUCUGUUUAAUGGCGUUGAAGAAAAUACUCCAAAAUGCUUGUUUACCCCAAACAGCACUCCUACAUCUAAAACAGUGGUUGAUAUUGUGGAUGACUUGGAUGAUUUGUGCGAUCUAUCAGAAUUUAACAUCACCAAAACCACUUUAACACAUGCUGAAAAAAAGAUUCAAGAAGAAGAAACAAGUUUAAGUGGUACUCAAACAUCAAAAACUCUGGACGAUGAAAUUGAUGAUUUUUGCGAUCUAUCCGAUUUUAAUAUAUCCAUCAACAACUUGAAACAAAUCGAGAACCAAAUCAUUACAACAAAGCAACAAGAAAAUUCAAUAUUAAGUAGUACACAUUUUAACAACACUGAUUCCAAUAUUACCAGACGAAAAAAAAACAAAAAUCAACCGGAAGACAUUUUUGAAAGUUUAAACGAAAUAGAUGACAUCUGCGACUUAUCUGUUUUCGGUAUAGCGGAAAAACCACCAACAGAAGAUAAAGAUGAUUUGGGCGAUUUUUUUGAUUUGUCCACUUUUGGACUGUCACAAAAACCAUCCACCUCCAAGAAAGAAUCUCCAUUGAAAUCACCAGUAUUAUCCCUUGCAAGAAAAGAUUCGUCAUCGCAAUCUCAUUUAGCUUUAACUCAAAGGAGAAAACAAGACAUGUCGUCGCAAUUACAACUGACAAUAACGAGCCAAAGAAAAAAGGAAAACCCGUCUCAAUCGCAACUGGCGAUAACUCAAAUGUUAAGUUUGAUAUCCAAAGAACAAAAAAGUUCGUCUCAGAAAGAAAACAUCCCUAACUCCAGUAUUUUGGACGAUUUAGCGAAUUUCCAAGAGUUCAAUUUCAGUUUCAACACCAAAAAACCCGCCACGCCUAGAAGUAAGUUGGGCGCCAUAAAAAAUACUCAACCGCCAAAAAACAAAACUCCCUUAAAAUCAAGACUUGAAUGUACAAUGAAUGAUACAGCCAUAAGUAUAAGUAGUGAUGAUGAUUUUGAGCCUAAAACCAUAAACUCAAAGAAAAAAAAAAUUUGUAAGAUGCCAAUCAAAUCGCCACCCAAAAAGAGUACAGUUGAAAACAAAGGAAAAUGCAAGAAGAAAAAGAAAAAGAGUGGUUUCCUUCUAACCCAAGCAGAAUUAUCCGAUGAUGAGGACAUUAUUGUUUCGGACGAUGAAGAUGACAGUGAUAAUGACGUGUAUGAUAAAAGUUUCGUUGAUAGCCAAGAAAUUAUCAGUAACACUCAAAUGCAUGCUAAUUAUUUGCAAUCAAUAAGGAGUCCAGUAAGGCCAGGACAAUUCAAAAUACCCCAAAGACCCAAACAGAACAUAUCAAAUGUUUUCUCUCAGUUUGUCGACAUGGAAAAUGAUACCUAUCUUCAUGAUUCAUUUUGCGUUAAUACUGAGGAUGUAGAUUGUCCUCAGCAUGAUCUGUCAGAAUUAGAAAUAUUAGAGUUAAAACUAAAAGAAAAACGGAAAAACAAGAAACGAAAAAGUUCGGAAAAUACGAAAGGAGCUACAAAAAGGAGAAGAAUUAUUCAGAUUCUCAGUGAUAGUGAUUAAUUAUGUUAUGGGCCCAGAUUGUAAAUAUCUUAACUAAGAGAAGUGCUUUUGGAUUUAUUUACACAAAUUGAAUGUUUUAAGUUGUCCUUAUUUCAUCUGAGUAAACAGAAAGAAAAAACCGACGAAAAAAUUAAUUUUGUGGAUAUGGAGUUUUUAAAAUAGGUACCUACUAAAUUUUCCAAUCAUUGCUUAAGUUAAUAGCUGGACGAGUAAAUAAAUACAGAAGGGUAUUAGAGCUUUAGGGGCAUAAAAC